CCGCGUGCAUCAUCCCGGGGAUCCGGGCGGCGGCGGCGAGGCUGGGGCUGGGGGCGGACGGCGGCGGCUCCUGACCCUGCUGCCCUCGGACCCUCCAGGCCGGCUGCCCCCGCCCCCCGGGCCCCGCCGCCCUCGCCAUGCCGCCCCGUGCGCCCCGGAGGCCGCUGCUGCUGCUGCUGCUGCUCGGGCUGCGGGCGCCGCUGCUGCCGCGGGCGGAGACGGGCUCGGAGCGGCAGACGGCGCGGGAGCUGUACCGGCGCUGGGAGCGCUACCGCAGGGAGUGCCAGGGGGCGCUGCAGGCCGCCGAGCCCCCGGCGGGCCUCGCCUGCAAUGGGUCCUUCGAUAUGUACGUCUGCUGGGACUAUGCUGCACCCAACACCACUGCCCGUGCUUCCUGCCCCUGGUAUCUGCCCUGGCACCGCCACGUGGCUGCAGGCUUUGUCCUCCGCCGGUGCGGCAGUGAUGGCCAAUGGGGACCUUGGAGAGACCAUUCUCAGUGUGAGAACCCAGAGAAGAAUGGGACCUUUCAGAACCAGAAGCUGAUCCUGGAGCGACUGCAGGUGGUGUACACUGUGGGCUACUCCCUGUCCCUGGCCGCGCUGCUGCUCGCCCUGCUCAUCCUGGGCUCCUUCAGGCGGCUGCACUGCACUCGCAACUACAUUCACAUCAACCUGUUCACGUCCUUCAUGCUCCGGGCGGCAGCCAUCCUCACCCGCGACCGGCUGCUGCCUCCUCCGGGGCCCGCACCCGGGGACCAGGCCCCCAUCCUGUGGAACCAGGCGCUCGGCCCCUGCAGAACGGCCCAGAUCGUGACCCAGUACUGCGUGGGCGCCAACUACACGUGGCUGCUGGUGGAGGGCAUCUACCUGCACAGCCUCCUGGUGCUCGUGGGGGGCUCCGAGGGGGGUCCCUUCCGCGGUUACCUGCUCUUCGGCUGGGGGGCCCCCGCGCUUUUCGUCAUCCCCUGGGUGAUCGUCAGGUACCUGUACGAGAACACGCAGUGCUGGGAGCGGAACGAAGUCAAGGCCAUCUGGUGGAUCAUACGCACCCCUAUCCUCAUGACCAUCUUGAUUAAUUUCUUCAUCUUUCUCCGAAUCCUCGGCAUCCUCGUGUCCAAGCUGAGGACCCAGCAGAUGCGCUGCCCGGACUACCGGCUAAGGCUGGCCCGCUCCACGCUGACGCUGGUGCCUCUGCUGGGCGUCCACGAGGUGGUGUUUGCUCCUGUGACCGAGGAACAAGCCCGCGGCCAACUGCGCUUCGCCAAGCUCGGCUUCGAGAUCUUCCUCAGCUCCUUCCAGGGCUUGCUGGUCAGCUUCCUCUACUGCUUCAUCAACAAGGAGGUGCAGUCGGAGAUCCGCCGAGGUUGGCACCGCUGCCGCCUGCGCCGCAGCCUGGGAGAGGAGCCUCACCAGGCCUCCCAGCGGCCCUCUCUGAGCCUGCAGUUGGGCUCCGGACCCAGACAGGUCGCCACUGGCCGUGCCCUGUCCUCGGGGAACCUCCCAGGGCCUGGGGAUGAGGCCAGCCGGGUCUUGGAAAGUUACUGCUAGGCAGCGGGAUUCCGGUGAUCAUUCGGUUAGCAUGUAUUUGUUGAGCGCCUACUGUGUACCAGGCCCCUUGUGGAGGGAGGGCUUGGGGAAAUGGGGUGGAAGGAAACAGAGAAAGGCCCCUGACCUAGAGUUCAAAAUUGAGUGGGGGAAACAGACCCUUAAGACAAUUCAUCGUUAUAUAUGGGCUGAGUGGAAUGGCUGAUGAGGAAAAAUUAGAAGGGGGUAUAUGGUGGCCAGGGAGGGCAUCUCUGCGGAGGUACCAUGUAAGCCCUACCUGCCAGAGGUGCAGGAGACAGCUUUGGGAAGAACUGGUGGGCAAGAUUCUAGGCAGAAGGAGCAGAGGCCCUGGGCAGGAAGGACCUUGGCCAUGUCCUAGGAGCAGUCAGGUGGCCUGCAUGGCUGGAGCUGGGAGGAGUCAGAGCCAAAUGGAGGGAGAAGUGAGCAGGGGCAAAGAGUUGGGGUUUUAUUCCAGGUGCAUUGAAAACUCUUAGCAGAAGCAUCUCAUGGGCUAAUGUGUGUGUUAUUUUUUUAACUUAUUAAUUUAAGAGAGAAACAUCAAUUUGUUGUUCCACGUAUUUAUGCAUUCACUGGUGGAUUCUUUUAUUUAAACAAAGUAUGUUUUUAUUGCUACUUAAAAGAGAGAGAGGAAAGGAGAGGGAGAAACAUCAAUUCGAGCAACAUCUAUUGGUUUAUCCGUUGCCUCCUGUGCAUACCCCGAUCUGGGAUCGAACCCGCAACCUGGGCAUAUGCCCUGGCUGGGAAUCGAACCAGCGGUUCUUCAGUGCACGGGCCACACUCAGCCACCAGAGCUACACAGGCCAGGAUUACCUAUUGGUCGCUUCUUGUAUGUGCCCUGACAGGGGGUCAAACUCGAAACCUUGGUGUAUCGCAGGGGUAGGGAACAUCUGGUUCAUGGGCCCCAUAAGGUCCACAAAAUGAUUUGGUCUGGCCCUGCCAAGGCAUUGGGAGUGCGUUAAUCCAAUGUUUGACCAAAUAUAGCAGGCUAAUUUUUAAGUUGAUAAUUUUGCAUGGCCUGUGAACGAUGUUACAAAUAUCCAGAUGGUCUUUGGCAGAAAAAGGUUCCCCGCCCCUGUGAUUUGAGACAAUGCUCUAGUCAACUGAGCAACCCGCCACCCAGCCAGGGCUCCUGGGCUAAGUGUUAAACAGAGCCUUCUGUCUGCGUUGUGGGGGGACAGAUUACUAGGGACAGGAACUGGGAGCCCAGGGAGACCGCAGGCGGGAGGUGAAGGAGGCGGAACCAGGUGGUGGCCAGGGAGGAGUGGGAGGCAGUUGGACUCCGGAGCUAUUUUGAAGGUAGAACUGAGGAUCUGGCAAUGAAUUAAUUGCAUGAGAAAGUUCAGCAAGAAGGAAAAGAAGCCCAGGAAGACUCGUAGGUUCCAGGCUGCGGAGAAAGGAAAGUGAGACUGGGUUUAGGUGGGGUGAACCCAGCGAGAGGGCUCUUUGGACACGAUAAGCUGGGACGAAGGUCUGGAGCUCAAGGCAGAGGUUAGAGCUGGAGACCGAAGUGUGGGCCCACCGGGGUCCAGAGAGGAGGUGUAGACACAGGGCAGGCCCCGGCUGGGACCUUGCACCCAGAGAAGCCAGGACCACUGCUAGCUGGGGAGUGUGGCUGCACUCCUCACCCUCCUGAGUGGCCCCCUGGGCACUGGGAGAAUUGGGGAAGCCAACAGCCACACUGUCGCUGGACCACUUGUCAAACACAAGCCCUCACUUCUAAUCCUUCCCCCACAGACACAGUUAGAUUCCAUUAGAACCUGGGUGUUGUCAAUUCUUUUCCUUGGGUCUCAGCUCCCUGGACAGAGAAACAGAGUCCCUUUAACAUAAGGUGGCCUUGCGAGGGCGUGGGGGGGGGGGGCAGGGACGGGGACCUUGCGGGUCCUAGGAGGGUAGGGGCUCUAUAAAUCAUGGUGGGGAACAUCCGGCCCUCGGACCACAUAAGGCCCUGUGGUCUGGCCCUGCCAAGGCAUUAGGGAUGAGUUAAUUAAAUGUUUGACCAAAUAUAGCAGGCUAAUUUUUAAGUUAAUUUUUUUUAUGGCCUGAGAAUGAUGCUAUAAAUAUCCAAAUGGCCCUCGGCAGAAAAAAUGCUCCCCACCCCUGUAAUGUAAAUAAAGCAUGAGAAACAGU